AUGGCACAGCAGCAGCAGCAACAACAACAUGGCGGUACGGACAUCGGCGCCGCCGACAACGACUUCCUCCCGGUCCUGACGCCCGAGACCACACAGGAGCCCGCGGCCCAGGACACUACCACAUCUACCACGAGGCCGGGGGACGCUCAUCACGCUCCAAAACCGGUACAGGGCAGCACGCGGGUGGCCGAAGCGGAUGCGGACGCGGACAAGAUCUCGGCCGGGUUCUCGGCCGGCAGCCUGGCGCAGACAAUCGGCCUGCCUGCGCCGCGGCUCCCCGGCGGCCAGGACGCCCAGCUCCUGACGGAGAACAAGUCCACCUUUGUGGACACGCGAUACCUCCUCGCCACGGCCGACGCCGAGCCCGCACACAUCAUGGUGCGCACCGAGGGGUGGAGGACCGGCCCGCCUGAGGUGCUAACGCGGCUGCUCGACCCGGUCGAGGGCGACAAGGUGUCGCCGGAUGAGUACCGCUUCCGGAUUUUCAUUCGCCUCGAGACGGGUGACGAGAGAUAUCGGUGGGUCAAUGAGGGCAUGUGGAUUGGGAGUGGUGUGCGCAGGGGCCUGGAAGUGAUUUACGAUGGCUACCGGCUUCUUUGA